AUGUCCGAUAGCAGACCAACAAAGAAAUCCAAGAUAUCUAAAAGUUCUAUUUCCGAACUGGAAGCAGAACAUGCCGAGGCUGAGUUGAAGGCACAUCCGCAUCCAAGAGAGAAUGCGAAACUGGACUUUCAUGAUGGUGGUGAAUUCAACCUGGAGAAACGUCACAAGACAACGACGGAAUAUAUCUCCCAAUUACAGACAGGUACUGAGAACCCCUUCACAGGUGGUCAAUUUUCCCAGAAAUAUUUUGAUAUCUUGAAAGUUAGACAGGAGCUACCGAUUCAUCAACAGAGAAAGGAGUUUCUUGAAAUGUUCCAUUCCACCCAGAUCAUGGUUUUGGUUGGUGAAACUGGUUCAGGUAAAACCACCCAAGUUCCUCAAUUCGUACUAUAUGAUGAUAUGCCCCAUUUGAUUGGUAAACAAGUCGCAUGUACGCAACCUCGACGUGUUGCUGCAAUGUCUGUUGCUGCAAGAGUUGCAGAUGAAAUGGAUGUUAAAUUAGGUGAGGAAGUUGGUUAUAAUAUUCGUUUUGAGAACAUGACGUCCAAUAAGACAAUCUUGAAAUAUAUGACCGAUGGUAUGUUGCUCAGAGAGGCAAUGGAAGAUCACAACUUGGAUGGUUACUCAUGUAUCAUAUUAGAUGAAGCCCACGAGAGAACCUUAGCAACUGAUAUUUUAAUGGGGUUAUUGAAACAACUUAGUGAACGUAGGAAAGAUUUGAAGAUUAUCAUCAUGUCUGCAACUUUAGAUGCGGAAAAAUUUCAAGAUUAUUUUAAUGAAGCCCCCCUAUUGGCAGUACCUGGUAGAACUUAUCCUGUUGAAAUCUACUACACUAGAGAUUUCCAAAGAGAUUAUCUUGAUGCUGCCAUCAGAACCGUUCUCCAAAUCCAUGCAACUGAAGACGAAGGUGAUAUUUUGGUCUUCUUGACAGGUGAGGAAGAAAUUGAGGAUGCAGUUCGGAAGCUAUCAAUGGAAGGUGAUCAACUAGUUAGAGAUGAAGGCUGUGGACCCUUGAAAGUCUAUCCAUUAUAUGGUUCCUUGCCACCACAUCAGCAGCAAAAGAUCUUUGAACCUGCACCGAAGGCGUUCAAUAAAAAUGGAAGACCUGGUAGGAAGGUAAUUGUUUCUACAAAUAUUGCCGAAACUUCGUUAACCAUUGACGGUAUUGUUUAUGUUGUUGACCCUGGGUUUUCCAAGCAGAAAGUUUAUAAUCCACGUAUCAGAGUCGAAUCAUUACUUGUCUCUCCAAUCUCCAAGGCAUCAGCACAACAAAGAGCUGGUAGAGCUGGUCGUACCAGACCUGGUAAAUGUUUCAGAUUAUAUACAGAGGAGGCAUUUGAGAAAGAGCUGAUUGAACAAUCCUAUCCAGAAGUGUUAAGGUCAAACUUGGCAAAUACAGUCUUGGAAUUGAAGAAGUUGGGUGUUGAUGACUUAGUGCACUUUGAUUUCAUGGACCCUCCUGCACCAGAGACAAUGAUGAGAGCAUUAGAAGAAUUGAAUUAUCUGACCUGUAUCGACGACGAGGGCCAGCUAACGGCACUCGGAAGAUUAGCCUCUGUUUUCCCAUUGGAUCCAAUGCUAGCGGUUCUAUUGAUUGGUUCUCCAGCUUUUAAAUGCAGUGAAGAGAUCUUGACAAUUGUUUCGAUGUUAUCUGUGCCAAAUGUCUUUAUCAGACCUUCCGGAGAAGGUGCCAAAAGGGCUGCCGAUGAAUGUAAGAAACUGUUUGCACACCAAGAUGGCGACCACUUGACCCUACUGAAUGUCUACCAUUCCUUCGAAAGUAACGAAGCUUACGAAAUUGGUCAAAGAAAAUGGUGUAUUCAAAACUUCCUAAACUAUAGAUCCUUGAAGUCUGCCCAAAGUGUUCGUAAACAACUAAGGCGCAUGAUGGAAAAUUACGAUAUUGAACUAAUAGAAGGUGACUACGAAGAUCUUUCAUACUACGAUAAUAUUCGUAAAGCAUUAGCCAAUGGAUUUUUCAUGCAAGUGGCAAAGAAGAAGAGCACAGGUAAGGGAUACAUCACAGUCAAGGAUAGCCAAGACGUUUUACUACACCCAAGUACAGUAUUGGCCCAACAAGACGAAUGGGUUAUAUACAAUGAGUUUGUUUUAACAAGCAAGAACUAUAUCAGAACUGUCACAAGUGUCAGGCCCGAAUGGCUAGUUGAAUAUGCGCCAGAGUAUUUUGCCGUUGAGAACUUUCAAAGUGAAGAUGUUAAGAUGAGUUUAUCCAGAGUCCAUGAUAGAGUUAACAAAAUGAAAAAACUAAACUAG